UGCAUGUAGAGCAAUAUGGCGGGUGCUGCUUGCCUGCUCUUUCUCUUCUUCACUCUCGCCCAGUCUAUCACAGAAAAAGAAUUUACAAUAUACAAUGAAUUAGAAGAAGCUCUCACUAACAACAGCCUCGCUCUAUUUAGUCUAAGGAAGCUAUUCUUUCCUUCUACCGGAGCUCCCGGUAGAUUAUGUACACCAAUCAGGUACCAACUGUCCUGUGGCGAAGACAUUAAUGUCACUUACAACUACCUAUGGACCCAAUAUAAUUCCAAUAAUUUAGUUGGACAGAUAUUAGUUAAUUUCGCUCACUAUGGCAUAGUCCUCCGUGGUUUCAAUUGGGAGCAGUACUGUCACUUGUAUCAUAUCAACGGUUCUGUCACCAUUAAUCUUGAUGUACCGUCCCUUGAUUGUAUCAACGAUGAAGAAAUAGUACACAAGCAACUACUGGACCUUACUACCUCAUUAAGGACUUACGCUAGCCUUGCUAAAACCUCCAGUGGCAUAUCUGGUGAAUCCUUCAACAGCUAUGGAGGUCACUCCGUCAACUGGACUGAUGACCCAAACGAUGAUAUAGUCUUUCACAGUAGCUAUGUCAUCCUGACCACCAUCAUCUCACUCAUUGACUUCUUUGUGUUCUUCUUUUCCCUCGGUAUUGCCUCCAAUGUAUACGAUACUAUCUAUGAUCACAUUAAGUGCAAGAAGAGUCCUUACUAUCCAUUGUUCUGGUCUUUUGUUAGUCUGGUUAUUAUAUGGGAUGUUGGUCCAGGCUGGUUAGUACUUUCUGCUGGAUCCAUUCAUGUCAGAAGUAUCAUAGGUGUCAUGGUACCCCUACAGCUGUUCAUUGCUAUUUUCAUGAAGAAGUACGUGGACUUCCCGAUACCUGGUUUAAACUGGAAGAAACUCUCAGCAGAGUAUCAGGGAUACUGUCACCAGCCUGGCUUAGAGGCUGAGCAGGGGGGCGGACACAGUGGGCGUGGCAAGGGUAAAAGUAAAUAUCGUAAGUCCUUCUUCUGGCAGGUGGCUAGACGUAGGUUUCGAUUGAGAGUGGCUCUUUCCUUCAUUGUACAGACUCUGGCAGUCUGGGGGUUACUGAUAUUCUUCACUUACAUAGUCCUCUACUCCAUGACCAUUACCAUCAGUCUCUACCUGUUCCCUAUACAUACUCUCCUUAAACUCAUCUUCAUCAAAGCUGUUGCUCUCUGUGCUGUCUUUGACGUUGCUCUUAUAUUCAUUGCAGGUACCUGGCAGUCGUCCUUCAAUAAGAAAUCUAUACUACAUAAUUUUGGACUCAUCGUUCAGCUAUUAGCUGUCAUUUCUUUCUUUCCUAUUCUUGUAUUUCUCUCAUUUGUCGUUGGUGGUAUUUUAUUUACGGAUUCUGCUGACAAGCUCAACGGUAUUCAAGGUAUCCUAGCCUUGCUGCCAUCAGCAUUCCUCAUAUUAGUCGGCUGGUAUACUCACGGUAAACUCUUCCCCGAGGAACUCGUAAGUACUAACUCAAUUGCUGACAUUGAGAAGAAUGCAGAGAGUAAGGAUGAGGGAAACCCAUCUGCUGCCAAGCCCUCCAUCAGUUCAACUAGACCUAGUAUGAGUCUGGCCGAGAAGGCUAAAGCAUACAUGGAUUCUAAUUCGGUGAGUUAUGGAGCUGCUGAUGAAACCACCAGGUUUGAAGGAGGAGGGGGAGGAGAGAGGGAUCCAUUGCUACCUUCCUCAAGGCCAGUCUAACUAGUCUAAUAAUAAUAAUACUUAAUUGUUGUUAUAAUAAUAAUUAUUAUUAUUUGCAUUGUUGCUGUUUCCCUUUUCCCCUAAAUAAUAAUAAUGAUACUAAUUUUGUCUCUUUUUGGUUAAAACUUUAUUUUUUCAUUUGAAAAUGAACAUGUAAUACUAAUACAUUGAUUUGUGCACUGAAAUUGAUGUAAUCAUUCAUGAUGAUACUUUUUUGUAAGAAUUUGUUAUAAUUUUCUUCA